AUGGCGACGUUGGUUGAUUUGUUUAAUCAGCUUGUGGGCGACCCCACCAAGAAGGAUAACGUGGUACUACAAGAUAUUACCAGGACAUGGACGGUGGCCGAGUUGGACAAGGUCACCUACAACUUGGCUGCUCAUUUUAAAUCCAAGUUUGAUUGUAAGAAGGGGUCAUGCGUGGCCCUUUACAUGAACAAGAGUGCGGAAUAUGUCAUUUCGUACAUUGCAACAUUACGAGCAGGUUUGUUAAAACCGUAAGUCUGAUUACUGUAACACUUUAAGGAGGAGCGUACUUGCCCUUGGACAUUUCAUAUCCCGAAAACUUGCUGACUUCUGUGCUCGAUGAAGUUGUACCCGCCGUAGUGGCAACUACACCACAACACGUAUCCAAACUACCAGGUACUGUAGUUUUUGGGGUAGUUACAGGGUUAAAUACGUUUAUAUCUUUCUACUUUUGUAGAGCAAACCCCACGAUUCGUAUUCGAAAACAACUGGUCGAUAGACGACUCCAAAGUCGCCCUUCCAGAUGACAUUACUCCAGAUGAUAAGGCCUACAUUGUCUACAGUUCGGGAACCACAGGAAAGCCUAAGGGCAUAGUUUGUCCCCACCGGGGAGCAGUGGUGUCCUACCAAUACCGAUUCGAGAACUACCCCUACCAGGAAGAUGACGUUGUAGCUUGUAACGUGUUCUUCGUCUGGGAGUUGCUGAGACCAAUUCUCAAAGGUAACAUACUACUGUAAAAAUCACCCUUUUGUAGGUAUAAAACUGGUAGUGAUUCCUGACGAUGUUAUAUACGAUCCAGCCCCAUUGUGUGAGUUUCUGAAGAAACACAAUGUCACGAGGAUGUUGUUCACGCCUUCUUUGAUGGAGACGGUACUAGACACCCAGAAGUCGGGGUACCUGAAGGAAUCUUUCAAAAAGUUCAGGUGAGGCUAACUGACAAAAGAUACUGAAGUGUCAUUAAGUCUUGAGUCAUAGUACAAUAUAAUGUCAUGAUCGAGUAAAUUGCAGAGUAAUCCAUCUUUGUGGAGAAGUUGUCACCACGAACUUGUUGUCUCGUAUCAUGAACCACUUUUCCCAUUGUACGAUCGUCAACUUGUACAGUAUCUCUGAAACACACGAUGUUGCUGUAGCCGACCUAAACGACUUCUUUAAAAAAAACGAACCGAGAAAGUUUGCACCUGUCGGAAAAGUGCUCCCCUCGGUAAAAGUACUCAUUCUGGACCAAAACCAACGAAGAGUACCAAUCGGGGUACCAGGCGAAAUAUUCGUAUGUGGCCCUACUUUAGCCUUGGGGUACCUAAACCGACCAGAACUAAACAAGAACAGGUUCCUAGAGGUGCCUUCGGAGUACCAGAAUGAGUUGGGAUGUACUCGGAUGUAUCGUACUGGAGAUUGGGGCUACGUACUGCCCAACUCGGUGCUCGAGAUUUGCGGCAGAGUAGAUACUCUGGUUCGUAUCAGAGGCUACGGAGUAGAGCUACAAGCUAUUGAAGCUACACUGCUCAAGUUCCCGUAUGUCAAAAGUUGCGCUGUCGAGAGUAUCGGGCAGGAAGGCGAGGACAAACAGCUGGCUGCCUACAUCGUGCUCAAAGAGAACGUCUCCAGAAAGUCAAUUAGAGCCGAGCUUAAGAGACUACUGCCUUUCUACAUGGUACCCCACUUCUUCGUAUUUAUGGAAAAGUAGGCUGACUAAACUCAUUAUUUAACAUUACGUUUAGUUGAGUGUUGCUCGACUUAUCGAGCGUGUUCAAUUUCAAAUUGUCUUAUAAUACUUUAUAAUUAUUCUUGCAGACUGCCAGUCGUCGCUGCCUCCAGUAAAAUCGACAGAAAAGCGUUGCCAGAUGUCGAGUUCGAGAGAGACGUCGUCGAAACAGAAGCUCUUCCACAGACGCCGACCGAGAAGAAGCUGGCCGCCAUCUGGGCUGACGUCCUUCAGCACUCUACACUAGACAUUCAGGAGAGCUUCUUCGACUUGGGAGGGUAAGUUAGCGAUUAAAAUUUCAUUAAAAUGACGAUAUUAAAUACAUAACAAAGCAAAUAGUUACUAUCCUUUACAGACACUCGUUAAUGGCAGCAAGACUUCUGAAUCGUGUCACCGAAGAAUUCAAUGUGAAGUUCACGACGCGAGACCUCUUUUCGGCGCCCACGGUGUACGAGAUGGCCAGAAUCAUCGACGGAGUAGACCACGUAUCGCCAGAGCAUUCUGUAAAUUUAGAUUACCAGAUCGAGACGCACGACGUCAAGGAUAACAUGUAAGCUAACCCUACAAACUUAAGAACAAUUAUUAGUCCAUUGUUCUGAAUGAUAUUGUUUUAGCAUGGACCUCCAUCUACGUGCCUUCUGGAGAUCUACAGAAUGGGGAAACCGCUUCUUCCGGUCGAAUAUUCUUCUGACUGGAGUGACCGGCUUCCUGGGUGCUCACUUUUUGUACGAGAUCCUAGUCAACUCCCAAGCCAACGUGGUGUGUGUAGUCCGUGAGGUUAGCGGAGAGCCUGUAGAAGACCGUGUCAAGUUUUCUCUCAAGAAAUCCGGACUUUGGACUAAUUCGAUGCCAGAAAUCAUACGGUAACUCUUACUGUAACUGGUUCUUUACAAGUAUAAGAUAUUUAUGAUUUCUAAUCGUAUAAAACCAGGACUACGUACUUAUUCUAGCGAACGUGUUCGUGUAGUCAGUGGUGACAUUGCUCUAAUCAAACUAGGACUGAGCGAAGAACAUUACCAUUUCCUGACCUAUGACAUCGAUGUGGUUGUGCAUUCUGCAGCUUACGUCAACUUGAUCUACCCAUACCAAGCAAGCACAUUACAAAAUUAUUAAAAAUUUACAAAAACCAGUCACAUUCUAUAUUAUUGAAAUGCCAUCUCAAUGUGAAAAUUGUUUUAGGCUCUGCAUGGUAUCAACGUACUCGGAACUCGCAACGUGCUAGACUUCUGCCACCAAAACAAGGUGAAACCUCUACAUUACAUCAGCACUGAUGCCGUCAUUCCUCAAAAUCUACAUGACAUCGACGAGAACUUUGACAUUUCAAAAGUAAAGGAGAAACUGUCAGACGGCUACUCCCAGAGUAAAUAUGUAGCCGAGAACCUCGUUAGACGAUCAAUGGACCGAGGCCUUCCUGGAAUCAUCUACCGUUUAGGGAAUCAAGCAGCCUCGAGUAAGGCGGCCAUCUGGAACGAGCAGGACUUCACCUAUCUCAUGCUCAAAGCUGUCAUUCAUACUGGAGCCGCGCCGAACCUGGAUUGGACCGUGAGUUUAUCAUAAUUGAACCCUUAUCAUAAAUAAGAGACUCAAAAUAUUGUUUAUCAAAAAAACUCUUAUCCAAACAAAAGGGAUUUCUCUUUAAGCGUAAUGUUGUUUUAGGUUGAAGUAACGAAUGUUGACUUCACGAGCAAGUUUGUCAACCAUCUGAUCACCAAAGAAUUCUGUGAAAACGUAGACAAAACAUUCCACCUUACCAAUUCCGUGGGACCAAAGUGGAAUGACAUUAUCAACUGGCUGAUUGAGUAUGGAUACGACCUUCAAUUCGUCGAGGGAAAUGUCUGGAUCGAACAGUAAGUCUGUCUACAUUCAAUUCAACACCUAAUCUCAAUAAACACUGAAACAUAUUUUUCUAGGGUUAGUACGUCUACCGACCCCGCUCUCCAACAAAUCCAGAAGUUACUGCAGCUGAUGGUCAGGUAAUACAAUAAUAUAACGCUAAUAUAAUAAUAUGUAAUAUACUCUAAGGACAAUGUAAAGGAUACUGACCUCAAAUACUUUCAGAGACGAGUCUUUCUUCCGAACACAAUCAACAUAUCUCCGUUCUAACACUGAUUCUCUGUUAUCAACCCUAAAGUGGAAGUAUCCAACCUUGGACAAGAAACUGUUUCACCAUUGGGUCCGAAGAUUGGUCGAGCAGAAGGCCAUUGCCAAACCGAGACCAAAAUCAGGUACUUCCAGUUUAAAAAAAUAAAAAUUAAAACGAAACCUCUCCGUAAAAAUGGCAGAAUCCGCUUUCGCCGUCGCGAAAAUGAUUUUCGCAUUCACGCCUAGGCGCGCCUUCCGUUUUUGGGUCAAGUGUUACAUUUUCAGAGUUGAAAAAUGUAACUACUUGUCUCGAAAUGGAGGGUUAAAAAAAGGCGAAGAAAGCGGAGGGCGAAAACAGAUUUAUUCGUAAAAAAUAUUUUCCGUGAAUAAAAAAUAAAUAAUGGAAAAAAUAUAAAAUUGAAGAUCUGCGCGAAUUAAAACUUUUUGUUUAAGAAAAAGCCGGCUUGCAAAAUGAAGUAAGAAGUCAAAAGAUCUAAAAAGUUUGUUUUACAGUUUAAAACAGUAAAUAAAUAUUUUUUAAGGUUUUAAAGUGACUUUUACCAUUUAAUGUUAUCAUCGUUUUAAGAAAUACAACAAACUUUUUUGCCAUAAAUUUAUUAAUUUAGGCAUGACAUUGUUGAACAAGGUCUGCGUAGUCACUGGAGCCAGCGAGGGUAUAGGAGAAGCGAUAGCCAGGUACCUGGCCAGAGAAGGAGGUAAAGUCGUAUUGUUGGCUAGACAGUUGGAGAAGCUGGAGAAGAUCGUGGCCGACCUUGUUUUUAACGGAAUCUCAGAGUCUUCUUUGAUGGCAUUGAAAUGCGAUGUGACUAACGAACAGAAUGUCACGAGUGCGGUAGAGAGUGUCAUCAACGAGUACAACAAGAUAGAUGUGUUAGUUAAUUGUGCUGGCUGUAUGUAUUACUGUAUGGCCAAGAAUGGGUACACAGACGAAUGGAAACGACAGAUUGACGUGAACUGUCACGGAACUACUUUGGUGACGUCUAGCGUCAUUCCAAUCAUGAUAAAACAGAAUCUGGGACAUAUUGUAAAUAUCACUUCUGAUGCGGGAAAACGAGUGAGUAUGUUUAAGGUAUACUGUAUAUAACAUUUUGUUACAUUUUUCCUUUACAACUAGUUUCUUGUAGGGAUUUGCGGGUUUGGCGGUUUACUCUGGAAGCAAAUUCUACAUUGAAGGCUUCGUACAAGCCUUGAGGCAAGAGUUGGUUGAGUAUAAUAUCAAGUUCACCAACAUUCAACCAGGAGAUGUAUCCACCAAAUUGGCUGGGCGAUCCACAGAUAAAGAGGUGGGUUUUACAAAAAUCAUGACUAAAAUUAACAUUUCUUUCUAAAGUCCCAUUAAAACCACGAAAUUUUUGAUUUUACAGGCUUCUGAAAAGUAUGAUUUCUCUAAAGCUGGCCACAAAAUCCUUGACCCUGAAGACGUGGCCAAGGCUGUUGUAUUCGCUGUCGGUCAAUCUAAACAUGUGGCAGUGAAUGAACUUUUGAUUGAACCACAACAAGCUCCGAUAUAA